CUCGCUGCACUCCGACUCGCCCAGCCGCUCUCUGGAACGCAAUGGCCGCUAAUGGCCUCGCCGCAGGCAAAUAUGCGUGCAAAUGCCUCAAUGUUCGCAUCCAUGCCCAACCAACCACACAUACUCCUCCCCCAGCCGAGGCCGGCUUCACCCCCGUCUACGCCGGCGAAGAAGGGAUCCGCGUCGCUCACACCGAGGUCACCCUCAGGAGUCGCAGCAGACCCGUCCCGGACCCCGAGUCAUCCUCAGGCGACCUAACCCGAUAUACAACAGUGACCUGCCUCGUCUGUGGCAUCCCCGCGUACCGCGUGGCGCAGCGCAUAACCCCCGAUCUCGUCAACGAGGUCGGACCCAUUUUACCCACCGACGACUGGGUGGAGAAAGAGUUGCUGAAGAGCUCCUCGGGCUGGGUUGAGGUGUACAAAGGAUGCAGUACCAGCACCGAGAUUACGAAGGCGGAAGCGUCGCCCGCGUACUCUCAUUUGUUCUCCAUUGUCCUUCCCGGGCCCGCCCUGGCACAAGACGACGGACCUGCCGUGGUUCCCAACGCUCGGGGGCCGUCCGAACAGGGCAAGAAACAUUUGCCGGAGCUACCCCCUCUUUUCCUCCCACCGCCAUUCACCCCGGCCCACAUCGUGUACUCGCACUUCUCUUCGCUCGCAACCGAGCGUUCGCAAAGGUUGCGAGAUGAGGCCGAGGAGUACAUUGCACAAGUCACCCAACAGAAAGUAGCGGAGAUCGUCAAGGCGGAGGCUGCUUUGAAGCAGGAAGUCAACCAGGUGUGGAUCAAGUUCCGAGAUACUGUCCGAAGUGUCGAAGAACAUGGUACCACGAGCAAGACGGCGCCGUCACCACGACGCACUGUCUCCGGGCACACACGAACUGUCAGCUCUCCGAUCCCGGGCACCUCUGCGUCGGUGCGGAUCAGCAGCUUUGUCCCCACUGCUAGCCCUCCCCACCGGAACUCAGCCAACCACCGCGUGCUCCAGCCCUCCGCUCUUUCAGCCUCUCUCAAGACCUCUGGUUUCCACUACCCCGAAUCUCAGCGGCAAACCAAUGGCCACGCGUCUCCUGCGCGCCGUUCUGUGGAUUUGACGCCUUCGAACAACGGGAGAGCGUCGCCCACGAGGUCCGAUCGGACCCGCGUGGAUUCAAUAUCCACCGCCUCUUCGCAGACCGCGGCAAUCGGGGUUGACCUUGAAGCCAGCAUUCGGGAGGCAUACCGGCGAGAGAUGGAUGAGAACAAGGACAUUGCGACGAGCUAUCGUUAUGUGUCAGACAUGGAGGCGCAGAUGGAGCAGCGUCGACUGCAGGAAGAGCCGGAGCAGGAAGAACCACCUGUCGCGUCGACGUCCCAGGUCACGAGGGAAGCAACUACCACCGCGGGGAGCCGCGGACGCUCCCCCCGUGUGCACAAGAGCGCUUUCAGGCAAUCACAAGCCGCUGACGGUGUGAAGAGCGUCCAGAACGGGGACGGCGCGAAGGUCGCGGAGACUACGGAGAGUGCCAGUAAAGGCAAGCGGAAGGUGACGUUCGACGUGAAGCCAGACGUGACGAUCAUCAAGGACGAGACGGGUAACGAGUCUGAACAACCCACGCCUUCUGCCUUCAGCGAAGAUGCCAUCUUCGAUAUGGACAACGAGACGGAGCACGCCGCUGCCACCCGCAUGGACGUCCCGGUCGAGCAGCCCAAGCCUUCUCCCGCGAACUCCGAACGUUCGCGCACGCCAACACGCCAGUCCCACUCACGCUCAUCUAGUAACUCCGGCCUACCGCCCAUGCUCGCGUCGUUACGGCCUGCGUCAUUGCCCGCACCGUCGUCAAUGCGCCCGCCCAUACGGCAUUCUGCCACAGAAUCCGCGGAACGUACCCGGUCGUUGCGCGAGUCGCUGAUCGCGAUGGAGGCGAACAGUGCGCGGCCCGACGUGGUUGACAGCCCCAUCGAGAUCAAGCAGGAGGUCGAGCACGGUAGCGAGAACGCAGAUCCUCGCGAGGAGGAGAUUCUGCGGCUCGUGGCUGCGAGCGUGCCUAGUCACCGGAGCGGGUGGAAGAAGAACAGCAAGUCCUGGCAGCUGUUCCUCAACCGCCGUGAGCGCAGGCCAACGGAAGUCGACCCGGAGGCGAUCUCGGAGGAGGGCAGCUAUACCGUGCUCGACGACUUCGACUCGCACCCUCGCCACGGCUCAUUCAAUGGUGUCGCCGACAGCGAUGUCACAGAUGAGGAUGAUUAUGAUGACAAGUGGGCAGAGGACAACCACCAGAUCGCCCAGUCGCUCCCCAUUCCGAUUGGCCCCCUCGGCCAACACGGGCACACAUUCGGCAUUCCGCCGUACCAGCCGAAGACGUCGCUGUCCGACCGCCCGGGCGUGCUGGUCCCGCCCCUGCGCAACGGCUCGACGGCGUCCUCGCUGCGGCGGCAGUCGUACGCGGAGCGCGACCGCGUGCGCCCGAUCGACCCCGGCGCGCUUGACUUCGCCGUGGACGAGGACGGCGCGGAGGAGGAUGUGGAGAGCGAUCCGGAGACGGGUGGGAAGGCACGUCAGCGUGCGCUGAAGAUCCUGAAGGCGCGCGACGAGAUGCCCGCAGCUGGCAUGUGGAGGAGCCUGGCAUAACGCACAGAGCAGACACUGACAGUGACACCGACACGAAGCCCGACGCCGACCGAUAUACCUUAGUAUUAUCGUAAUUGUCCCUGUUGCACCACCGCCCGCCCGUUGUUUGUUGUAGUCUUGCACGAAUAGCCCGACGUAGUACCUGUGCUGCCAACGUAGCCACCACCCCACGCUCUGUAAUCCCGCUGUCUACCUGCUCUGUAAAUACCUGUAUCACUACCUCACGACGUGUUCCGCAAAUUGAUUGAUUGUGUUGCU